AUGGGAAAGCAGGAAAAGAGUCAACUUAGUAAGAGUCGGCAAGAAGUAAACAUAAACUGGAUCUUAAGUUCUUCGGAACCAAAACCAAUUGGUUUUUUUCGUUUAACCCAUCCAACAUCACGAGCACGAGCUAUUGAAAAUUAUAGGAAAUGUUUUGAUCUUGCUAUAAAGCGUAGUGAAGGAGAUAAACUCAGUGAGCUUAGAGCAAUGAAUAUCGAUGAAGCAUCUAUACAAAGAGAUUGGGAGAUAUGGUUAAAGAAAAAAAAGCCGUAUAUUCUAGCUUGUCGAGCAAAUCAUGAUACAGGCUUGCGUAUUCAACAGGAUUUUACUUCAACUAUGGCCGAUAUUGUCGGUAUUGCUGGUGAAAUAAAAAGCGCCAAUAAUAAGGUGAAUGACAUUGAAGAGCACGGUAACAGAAAACAUCAACUGGAUGACGAAGUACUUGAUAAUGAAAUACCAGUAGCUUCAGUUCCAUCAGUUACGAAAAAGGCGAGAUCAGAGGACAAUGAUGUCGAUGAGGAGCACGAAGCCAUUUAUAUUAGAGCUGUUCAUCUAGCACACAAGAUUGAAGGUUCUUCCAUAUCUGACAUAUCAUCAUCUAUUGACGAAGAGAGUGAAGCUGACAUAAAACAAAAUGAAAAUAUGAACAAGAAAGAUCGAGAAGACGGACACCGACCUCAAAAUGAAAGAGAUUUGGAGAAUGGUUUGAGAGAAGCAUCAGAAUCAAUGGUUGGGAAAGUAGAAAGGACCCCAUUGAUAGUGGACGACAUUGAUCUGGAGAAAAUUUUUAAAGAUUACUGCGAUGAAUGCAGAAACAACUUUGACGACAUUAUGGAUAUGAGACCAACUUCACGCUUCACGGAUGAAAUUUCAGAAGAAUAUUGGGAUAAAUUCGUGCUAGGUACAUAUCCCAGACAUAAUAUAUCUGAGGAAUGGGAAAAUUUCAUACAAGAAUUUUUCAAGCCAAGAGAUAGCCUAGAAGAAUGGAAAAAGGCUUGGCGUGGACUUUACGAAAAGAUCGAUGGAAACAAAAAAGACCUAGUGAAUGUCAUCUACAACAUCCUUGGACCAUAUAUCAAAGCUUUCGAAGCACCGUUCAACAUAUUAAGGUCAGGUGACCUCCGAGAAAAUCAGUAUAAUGCACAAUUCAUAAGCCCAAUAUUAGAGAAUACAAUGAAUACUGUAUGUAGCAUUGAUUGGAGAAUUCUCGAAAUUCCGGUAGAAAGUAGUAAAGCUCGUCGUAAUACUGUUUUAGAAGCAAAGUGUGCAGAUGGCCUUGCUCGUCUCUGGCAGAGUCAUGAAGAAGUGUUCUUGUAUGAACAGACAGGACCCCCAAACUUUGAUGAUAUUACUCAGUUUCAUAUUCAUGAUUAUAAGUUGAUCAGAACAAUGCGAGAUGUGUUGAACCAGCGAAUAUUCCUUCGUCUCAAAAACGGAAUAUAUGACCACAAAGACCUCGCAAGCUUUAGUGCUUUUGGCAAUCGUUCUGAAGUAUCUUUAUUUUGGUUAACAAUACACCAGAAGUCGUAUUGCCUCCGGGAAUAUGGAACUUUCAAGAUCCCUUCAACUUGGCAAGAGCUCCCCGUUCUUUCCGAAGCAAUUAUAACAUGUCUCAAAUUUUUUUCCUUCAUGAAAGAAAAUAUUGAAGUGAAAAAUUCAUAUAUUGAACAAAACCAAAAGUUGCUGGCCAAGCGAAGAGUACACUCAGUAAAGCAAAAUCAGUCAUCACCGAAUCGACCUAAAAAGCGGAAGUCAAAAAAAUAA